AUGGCAGCUUGGACAGUCGUGAUUCUGUUGGUCUCUCUGUUUGUUCUUGUGGGUUCUGCAUUUUCUGCUGCAAACUUGAACGAAGAGAUCGACCUCACCUGGGGCGGCGACCGUGGCCGGAUUUUGGACGGCGGCCGCUCGCUCUCCCUCACCCUCGAUAAAGACUCUGGCUCUGGGUUCCAGUCGAAGCGAGGUUUCCUCUUCGGGAGGAUCGACAUGGAGAUCAAGCUCGUCUCCGGCAACUCUGCUGGCACCGUCACGGCUUACUAUCUGUCAUCCGAAGGACCGUUCCACGCACAUGAUGAAAUUGAUUUCGAGUUCUUAGGGAAUCUCAGUGGCGAACCUUACACCCUUCAUACCAAUGUCUACGUUCAAGGCCAAGGGAGCAGAGAACAACAGUUCCGACUCUGGUUCGAUCCUACCAAGGAUUUCCACAUGUACUCCAUCGUUUGGAACCCUCAUGGUAUUAUAUUCUUGGUGGACAACCAUCCAAUCCGCGUCUACGAGAACAAAGAGAGAAUCGGGGUCCCUUUCCCCAAGACCCAGCCCAUGAAGCUCUACUCCAGCCUCUGGAACGCCGACCAAUGGGCCACAAGAGGUGGGCUGGUGAAGGCGGACUGGUCCAAGGCCCCUUUUACGGCCCAUUACAGAAACUUCAACGCCAAGUCUUCUUGCUUUUCGACUGGGUCGGGGCAAUGUGAUCGUAAAUCCACGGUGGCCGGUGGCGAAUACGGUGACUGGAAGACUCAGAGGCUGGACGCCGGCGGUCGGAGAUGGCUGCGGUGGGUGCAGAACUCCCUGUUGGCCGGCGCCGGCGCCAAUUUCCACCGGGAUGUGGACAUCACGUGGGGACACGACCACGCCAACAUCUCCGACGACGGCAGGCUCCUGACCUUAACCCUCGACCGCCUCUCCGGCGCCGGAUUCCAAUCCAAGAAGGCCUACCUCUUCGGCAAGUUCGACGUCGAGAUGAAGCUUCCCCCCGGGAAUUCCGCCGGAAUCGUCACCACCUUCUACUUGACGACGGCGGAAAAACACGAGGAGAUCGAUCUUGAGUUCUUGGGGAAUCUGACCGACGAUCCUUAUACGUUACAUACGAAUGUUUACACCCACGAGGUGGGACACAGGGAGCAGGAAUUCAGCCUCUGGUUCGACCCUAGAACGGAGUUCCACAAAUACACCAUUCUUUGGAAUCCUCUCACCAUCAUUGUGUUUGUGGACGACGUCCCCGUCCGAGUGUUCAACAACAGGGAAGCCGUGGGGGUUCCGUACCCGAACACUGAGCCGAUGAGGAUCAAGGCCAGCAUCUGGAACGGCGAGAAGUGGGCGACACGUGGCGGCCUGGUGAAGACCGACUGGAACGCGGCGCCCUUCACGGCCUCCUACAGGAACCUCAGGAUCCACACCAUGGCGGACUCCGUCGGCCGGCGGCGGCAGCGGUGGCCGAUGACGCAGGGGCUGGACAAGAGCGGCAAGAAGCUGCUGCGGUGGGUGCGGCGGACACACAUGCUCUACAACUACUGCCACGACCCCAGGCGCCACCCGCGCGAGUGCCGCCACUUCGUCGACGUCUGAGAGCGCUAUAUAUAUAAAAGUGUACAAUUAAUAUAUGUCACGGUUUCACAAAAUGCUAUAUAAUGUUAUAAUACGAGUUCAAGA